UGGGGGAGGCGCGGCCAGCACCAAUAGCCGGCGCGGUUGGCUGAGCCUCUGCAGGGGGCGGUGCUGCUAUUUCAGAGGGACGGCGAGAGUCAGAGCGCUAAUCGAGUCUACAGAGACCUACAGCUUGCGGAGAGGCUGCGCUACACUGUGACAGGUGCAUCAUGUCUGACAGAAAGGCUGUGAUAAAGAAUGCUGAUAUGUCCGAGGACAUGCAGCAGGAUGCAGUGGACUGUGCCACACAAGCUAUGGAGAAAUAUAACAUUGAGAAGGAUAUUGCAGCUUAUAUUAAGAAGGAAUUUGACAAGAAAUACAACCCGACUUGGCAUUGCAUUGUCGGCAGAAACUUUGGCAGCUAUGUAACACACGAGACAAAGCAUUUCAUCUAUUUUUAUUUGGGCCAGGUUGCAAUUCUCCUCUUCAAGUCUGGCUAGAAAGAAUGAAAUUCAUGGACUGUAAUGCACUGAUGGCUGGAGCCCGGAUCCCCUCUAACAUGGCUGUGCAGCUGCAUGGACUGUAUACUAUAUUUAAUGUGUAUAUGUUGCAGUAAAAUGACUUUUGUUUAGUUGCCUGGAGAGAAGGCGGCUUUAUUUUGUUACUGCUUUCUUUUCCUUAAUUUUUUCCCCUUUUUUGUUGUAUUGCACUUGGGGAAACUGUAAAUGCUUUUCAAUGGCCUUUAAACAGGAAGAAAAUAAACGAUUCUACAUCAAACCACUAUGCCAGUGAUGCAUAUAUUUUUCCCUUCAUGAUGAUCUUAGUUUCAUUUAGCUUGUACGAUGGACCGACUCAUCUGGAAGUAUGGGUUGAGUAAACUGCUUUGAUUUGACAAUCAGCUACUCAACUAUUGGAUGGUCAUAUCAACUGAAGAAGCAUUGAAUCUGGUUUAAUUUUCUGUAAGUAAAGAGAACUGUGUGGUUUGUAUAUGUGUAGACAGUGGGGCAGACUUAUUACUGUUGUAAAUUUAGGUAAUAAAACUUGACCAGACUAGCACAAGCUGCACCAAAUUUUUCAACAGCAUAUACAAUCUCUGACUUGGGCACAGCUUUACUAAAACUAAUUCUUAAACAAUGUAAACUUGGAUGCACCAGAUCGCUCAGGCUGUUUGAUAAACCUGUCUAAUAUUUUGCAUAAAAAUGGUGCAUGCCGCUGGUAAAUCGGGUGCACUGCUCGUCUUAAACUGUCUACGCAUUUGAAACAGUUGCAAAGCUACCUGGAAACUACUUAGUAAUUCUCCCUGUUGUGGUGGUCUCAAUCUUACCAAACUUCACUUGUCAAAGGACUACAAAAGCUCUUGUAGCAAACUGUAAUGGUAUCAGACCUGUAUUUGGGUGGCUAUGCUAAAGUACUGUGACUGGAAGAAAAAACUAAAUGGGGCAUUAUACUAUACUGAUCUCCAACCAGAACCAGAAUGUGAGAAAUUGUGAAGAUUUACUGGCAAGAUGUGCUACAAUAGUGGUUCAAGGGUACGUUCACACGCUGAUAACGAUUAGAGGGGAAAUCUGCUGUGAGUCAUGCUACCAUACAUUUAAACUGGUCCACUGGCAAUCUGCAAAUCUGACACAAUUACAAACUGUCCAUGGCCAUAGACAAGUGAAUGGUAGCAUAAAUUGCAGUUGGCUUCCUGCAGUGGGAACUGCUAGUUGCCAGCCUGUGAACGUACCCUGAAGGUACACCUUAACUAAAGUGAAGACCAAAAACAAUGAUUAUUUUUUUUUCUAUAUGGUGUGCUGGGCUUUCUGCAAACAAUAUUGGAGCAAAGAGGUGGCAUAUGGAAGAUAAGUGCCUAACAAGCAGGCCCACACUUAUCAAGCAUGCACCAAACAUGAAUUGGGUGCAAUGUCUGCCUGUUUAGUUAUAUGCUGUCUAAAUUUAGGACCUUUAAACAGAUUUAUUUAAAAUGCCAAACUGUAAAUAUAUACAUGCUGGUUUUUAUUGCAAAACUGAAUUUUUAUUUUUUUUUCCACUUCGUCAUGACAGCACCACCAUGAGAUUAUCCCCUGUAGCUCUAAUAGGAACAGGAAACAGAUAGGUUAAAUUGGCCUCUCCCCAUCCACCCCUCAGUGUGUUCUGUUCCUAGGAGCAUACACAGUGAGGUUCUGCUCCGGAUGGGGCUGCCAGUCAGUGGGGGAUUCAUUCAUGCUGGCAACUCCAUCCCCCUUUGCUGCAACAGGUUGUGUUUUCCUCCAGGUUGUUGCCACCUGGUCACUUCCUCCUGACACUGCACUCGCCCUGGCUUAUGUAGGGUCCUGUUCUGGCAGGUCUCUGUUCUCCUUAGAGCUCCAUGCUGCUGGGUUGCACGCGUCUAACGUUGUGGCGAGUGUGUAUGUCGUUGCGUACGGACGCAUGCGUGUUAAGGCACUGGCUGGGGACUGGAAGUCUCUCCCCAAGAUGGCGGCACCUACCAGAAUGCCAGAGAGGUGUGGAGGGGCACCAGAUUUGAACAGAGUAUAAAUUGCUCCUCUGUUCCAUCCUAAUGUCCCUCUGAGUCAUGGAUGUGUCUGCUGCCCCCGCUCUGCUCAUCUGGAGCACUUGGCAGCGGCUGUAACCGUGAGUAGCUGGCCCAUAGUGGGUUCACUCACUUUCUCUGCUGCUCUUUCUUGUAUUACAUGGUGGUUUCUAUAGUGGUGGUUUCUUCGUGGCUAGAACCAUAUUGCCUUGCUCUAUGCUACUCCCCCCCCCCCCCCCCCCCCCUUUUAUAUUCUACUUUCUUUAGUAUAUAGUUUUGAUUCUUAGGCUAGGUUCACACUGGAAUCUCCAUGCAGAAAAUUUCUGCCCGGAGAUUCCAAGUGCAGCCAGUGCCAACUGAAUCAGCUAGGGCCGUGCGGACACUGCAGUCUCAAUAGACUGCAAUUUGUUCCGCGAGUAUUUCCACCUGAAUGAGCAACGCCAUUCUUCAGGCAGAAAUUUUCAAGUGGAUUUUUCCGUUCACAAAUUCCGAAGUGUGAAUUUGUGAACGGAAACCCAUUCACUAUACUAUACAUUUUAGUAAGCGGAAUUGCAGGCGCAAAUUCGGUAGUGUGAACCUAGCCUUAUGGGUAUUGCCUUUCCCACUUACGGGAGAAAAGGAGGACCUGAACAAAUCAAGACUCCUCUAAAGAAACUAAGUCCAAAAAAAAAGUGGAAUCUGUGUUGUGGGGUUACCGGAUACCCAUCCAAAAUGCCUUUUGAAAGGCUUGUACAGAUUUGUUUUCCAAGAAUCUCUGCCCUUUUAUGGAUGAGCUCCGGUCACUUAUAAAUCAGCAAGUACAGUCUGCCAUAGCUACUGCACUGCCUAGUCCCUCGGCUCCCACUACUAUUGAUAGGCCUGUGGCUAAACCUCCUCCACAAAAAACUGAUAUUGUUUGAGACUUGGCUUUUAAUGAAGAUUUGAAUUCUGGUGUUACUUUCUCUUAGGAGUGUCUCGAAUUUCACUCUCCUCUUCAGAGAGAUUAUAAAUAUACAAAUUAUUAUAUCUAUAUAUUUUUUUUUUCCUUUUCUAAAGUUAAAUAUCUUACUGCUGUCAAUAUAAGAUACUGCAGAACCUAAGUCUGUCUAGGACAGGAUGUCUGCUGGUCUGGAGCCGCAAGUUUUUUCCCCUUCCAUGAUACCGUAAAAACUGUAGGUGUGGUAGGUGCUGGAGAGGCGCUUGCAGAUUCCUAAAGAACUUCAGUUUCUCCAUUGACCCUAAUGAAGUAAAGCUGUGGCGUGAACCUCAAACAUGAAUGUGCAUCUUUCUGAAGUUAAAAGUACUGUGCAUCCAUGUGAGGAUGCGGCUCGGCUUAAGGACACCCUAGACAGCAAAAUGGAUGGUCUUCUAAAAAGAUCCUGGGAAGCCUAUUCUGCUUUAACAAACGCCAAUAUUGUGGCUACUACUGUAACCAGGUCUCACUUAAUAUGGUUAGAGAGCAAUUUGCUCAAUAAAACAUCUAGAGAAAAUAUUUUCGUAAAUUACAAUGUUAAAACUAGCCACAGCAUUUUUAGGUGGUUGCAUCAGCGGAAUCAGUUUUUCAGCAAAAGCCACCACCUUAUAUAACUGCUAAGAGCCCUAUGGGUUAAACAUUUGCAAGGUGACUCUACCUCCUAAGGUUAAGCUUUGUGCCAUCCCCUUCCAGGGUAAUCUGGUCUUUGGCCUGGUCCUUGAAAAAUACUAGAACAGGUGGCUGACAGGAAAAAGAUUUCUCUACAGAAAAAACCUAAACAAAACAAUUAUUGUUCUAUUAAUAGGAACAAAGAAUAUAAAGGGGGGGGGGGGGGGGGGAAAGGUCACUUGAGCUAUCCCAAAAGAGGGAAUAGCAAAGACUAUCCUCAAUCCCAAUUCUGAUUACAAAAAGCAAUGACAAUCUUGUGGGAGGAAGUCUCUUCAGUCACCAGUGGUCCCAGAUCUAAAGAAAAAAUUCCCUUCAUUAUAAAUUCCAUAUCUCAGGGCUACAGAAUAGUUUCAGCCUGCCUUCCUCCCAAGAUUUGUAGAACAAAAUAUUGAUCAGACAUUUUAACCAAACGUCUUCUCUUUUCAGGCAAACUCUUUUUGUCUCUAGGAGCUGUCCUUCCGGUCCCCCAUCUUGGAACAAGGUCUGGGUCACUACUCCCAUCUAUUUAUGGUGCCCAAGCCAAAUGACACAUUCAGAACUAUUUAUAAAUCUAAAGUUUUUCAUACAAAAGGUUCAAGAUGGAGAUCCUGAAGACAGACAUACCUCUGAUUCAAAGACUCCUGGUUCUGCACCAGAGAUCUAAAAGAUGCCUACUUCCACCUACCAAUUCAUCCCUCGUCAAAAAUACCUCAGGUUUGCAAUUCAGUCAUUCUACUCUCCAUUUCCAGUUUCGGGCCCUUCCUUUUGGAAUAUCCUCCGCCCUGAGGAUAUUUAAAGUAAUGGUAGAGGUAGUUGCUCAUCUGAGACAAAAACGAAUUUUAAUAAUUCCUUACCUGGAUGAUUUACUAAUUAUUGCCCAGUUAAAGGAGACCCUUUUAUCAGCACUAGAGAUGAGCGAACUUGCGGUAAUUCGAUUCGUCACAAACUUCUCCGCUCGGCAGUUGCUGACUUUAGCCUGCAUAACUUACGUUAAGCUUUCAGGUGCUGCAGUGUGCUGGAAAAGGUGGCUACAGUACUAGGAGAGAGUCUCCUAGGACUGUAUCCACCUUUUCCAGCCCACUGGAGCACCUGCAAGCUGAAUCAUUUAUGCAGGCUAAAGUCAGCAACGGCUGAGCCGAGAAGUUCGUGACGAAUCGAAUCACUGUAAGGUCUCUCGUCUCUAAUCAGCACCUCCUUCUAACUCUCUUGUCUUCAGAACCUCGGCUGGAUCAUAAACUGACAGAAGUCGGAUUUAAUUCCAGCAAGGAAGAAGAAAUUUCUGGGCAUGAUCCUAAUUUCGGAGAAACAAGACUUUUCUCCCAGAAGGCAGGAUUCUAUCCCUUCAGCUGAAAAUAAAAAAAAAUCUGAUAACUGAGAAAUUUUUAUCCUAUAAGAACAGCCAUGUCAGUCUUGGGGUCAAUGACAUCCUGUAUACCGGCAGUACCGUGGGCAUACAGCCAUUUGAGACCCCUUCAAUCCCUGAUUUUGAAAGUAUGGGACAGAUCCCAACUGUCUUUUAGAGAAGAGAUUUCAAAUUCCACAUCAGGUAAAAGCCUCAUUAGCUUGGUGGCUGAAGAAAAAGAAUCUUACUAUGGGAAUUAAUUGGAUCCUCUCUCCUGCUGUUACAGUGACGAUAGACUCGAGUCGUUGGGGUGCUCACGUCGAGCACCUUUAUCUUCAGGGCUCAUGGUCCCAGAAAACUUAAUGUCUCUCCUCAAACUUUCGGCAAUUGAAGGCAGUUUUAAUGGCAUUAAGAGCUUCAGAACUUCUCUUAAGAUAACCAUCACUUGAAGGUAUAUUUGGACAAUAUAACCACAGUGGCCUUUCUCAACCACCAAGGGGGAAAGAGACAUUCCCCUUUAAGAGAUCUCUCCUCAAAGAUUUUCAUCUGGGCAGAGAAAAAUGUUCUUUUCCCUUUUUUACAGCUGUACAUCUGAAGGGCGUAGAAAAUCAGGAAGCAGACUUCCUAAGCUGGAUCCAGGGGAAUGGGAACUAAAUUUACAAGUCUUUCAGUCACUGGUGAGAGUUUGGGGGAACCCGGAAAUAGAUCUCUUUGCCAACAAGAAAAAUUGCAAAGUCCAGAACUUUUUCUCCCUCAAUCUGAGGGAGAAACCUCUUGCAGUAGAUGCCCUUCAACAAGUUUGGGACUUCUCUCUCAUCCUGAAAGCGCUCCAAAAGAUUCAAGCGGAGAAAGUUUGUAUCCUCUUCAUAGCGCCUUGGUGGCCCAAGAGAGGUUGGUUCAGUCUCCUAAAUAUCCUCUCUGUAACAGAUCCGUUCCGGCUUCCUCAGGUGAAGAAUCUCCUGACGCAGGGACCUCCAUGUUACCAAGACCUAGAAACCCUACAGUUAACAGCAUGGCUCUUGAAAGGCAGAUCCUACUAAAGAAAGGACUUUCUAGUAAGGUGGUUAAUACAUUGUUAAUAAGUAAAAAUGGUUCUUCUGCUAUACUGGAAGAUAUUUAUCUCAUGGUGUGGUUCUUCCCCACCGGACAUCCCUAAGAUAUUAGACUUUCUCCAAGAAGGGUUCAAAAAAGGUCUAUCAGUACCUUUUUAAAAGUUCAGACUGCAGCUUUGGGAUGCUACUUUUGAUACCUCUCUAGCUGAACAUGGAUAAAAAAAAAAUAAUAAUAAUUCUGCCAUUUCUAGAUUAAAACCUAAAAUAUCUAACUUGACUCUUCCAUGUGAUUUUAAAUUUAGUUAGUUCGGUCUGCCUUAACCAAACAUCCCUUUUGAACCUCUGUCUGAGACUUCUGUUAAAUUUUCGACCUGCAAAACUGCGCUAUUAGUUGCCAUCACAUCAGCAAGAAGGGUUGGAGAAAUCCAGGCUCUAUCUAUUGAAGAACCAUAUUGUAUCCUCCUGGAUGAUAGGAUUAUCUUCAAACUUAAUCCAUCUUUUCUUCCAAAAGUGGUCACAAAUUUUCACAGGUCUCAGGAUAUUACAUUACCCUCAUUCUGCAAUAAUCCAAAAAAAUUCAGAAGGAGGAAGUCUUACAUAACCUUGAUGUUUAGAAGAUAUUAUUCAUUACUUGGAAACUACUAAAUCCUGGAGAAAAGAUUCUAACCUUUUCGAUCAAUUUCAAGGGCCCAAUAAGGGCAAGAAAGCUUCAAAAACUUCAAUUUCUAGGUGGCUGAAGAGAGCCAUCCAGGAGGCCUAUAAAUCUUCCGGUAAGCAAGUCCCUGAAGGUCUUCCUGCACACUCAACCAGGGCGCUAGCUGUCUCCUGGGCCAAAAAAAAAAGCCUCAGCCUUUGUCGAAAACAUGGUUAUCUCCGCAUAUUUUCUUCAACCAUUAUAGGUUGAAUGUAACAUCUUCCUAAGAUCUUUCUUUUGGCCGGAAGGUGUUGCAAACUGUGGACCCUCCCUAAAGUCACCUGUUUAUCUGGUAUGUCUCAUGGUGGUGCUGUCAUGAUGACUAGGUAAAAAGUUGGAAUCAUUACUUGCCGAUUGAUUCGUUUUAUGAGUCCAUCAUGACAGCACCCUUUAAUCCCCCCCCCCUUCUAUGUGGAAAAGUAUAAUAAACAAAUUGUUUGUUUAUGCUCUACUAGUUAAUUUAAAACUACUGAGGGGUGGGGAGGGGGCUAUUUAACCUUGGUGUUUCCUGUUCCUAUUAGAGCUACAGGGGAUAAUCUCAUGGUGGUGCUGUCAUGAUCGCCACAUCUAAAGUGAAAAUAAAACGUUGCCGGUUAGCUCAGGGAGCGGUUGGGGAUCCCAAACAGCUUACAAGACAGCCGGAGGAUCCCUAACUGCCUCCUUGCUGUCCGAUCGGCAAAUGACUGCUCAGUGCCUGAGAUCCAGGCAUGAGCCGUCAAGCGGCAUUAUCAUCGAUCAAUGGUUUCCUGAGAAACCAUUGAACGAUGUAAAAGAUCAGUGUGUGCAGUGUUAUAGCCCUCUAUGGGAGCUAUAACAUUGCAAAAAAAAGUGAAUAAAGAUCAUUUAACCCCUUCCCUAAUAAAAGUUUGAAUCACCCCCCUUUUCCCAAUAAAAAAAUAAAAAUAAAUAGAGUAUCAUUUUAAUCGUAUGGACGUACAAAAUAAAGAGGUGUAAUUUUUACCGAAAAAUGUACUGUGUAGAAACGGAAGCCCCCAAAAUUUACAAAAUGGCAUUUUUUUUUUAUCUUUCAAUUUUGUCUCGCAAUGAUUUUUUUUCCCGUUUUGCCGUAGAUUUUUGGGUAAAAUGGCUGACGAAUUGGUGGCACAAAAAAUAAGCCAUCAUAUGGAUUUUUAGGUGCAAAAUUGAGAGUUAUGAAAAACCCCAGGUCCUUAAGUGGUUAAAGGUAUCCCAGUGUCCAAUAAAUUUAUCCACUAAAGAAUGGGUCCCCCAAAAUGUUGUCCUGAAUCUGGACACUGCUCUCCUCCUGGUUGAAUGGAGCAGUAGAACAAGCAUUCAAACCACUGCUUCCGGUAAAGUACAGUGCAUAGCUAUUCCCAGGGGCUCAAAGAGAAUUGAGAGGUGGUGUGCAUGCUCAUAUCUUUACUUCAGCCGAGUGUCUGGGUCCCAGUGGUCAGAACCCCUGCAGUCAGAUAUACAUGCCCUGUUGAUAGAGGAUGAUAUUGGGCACUGGAUUAUCUGUGUAAGGAUGUGUUAAACAGAAGCUGCAGUGUGGAUUGCGGCAAUCAAGAGAACUCUGCUCUUAAACAAAUGUGUGGGUUUUCCAUAGUUACUUAAAAUAUUGGGUAACUAUAAUGUCCUUUUUAAUUUGAGCAGUGAUCCCUCAACUUGCAAUGGCGUCGGGAUACAAUCUUUUUUUUCCCCCUGCGAAACCUGUCUUUAGACUAUUGUAAGAGUCUGCUGGCUGAUGUGAAUGGUCAGAUCUUCUGGUCAAAAGUGAGUAUUUCACUGGUAAAACCCCUGUAUUCUUGAAGCGGAUGCAUACAUUUUCAGUCUAGUAUUGCUGCCCUAUAGUACAGAGCAGUUUUGUACUGCUCUUUACUAGGGAUCGUCCGAUAUCGUUUAUUUUUUAUUUUUAGGGCUGAUACUGAUAAUCUGCGGCCUUUCAGGCCAAUAGCUGAUAACUUAUACCGAUAUUUCGAUAUAAGUCAUCGGCUAUUCCCCCCCCCCCCCCUCCCCGGCCCCGCAGAUCAAUGUUUUAAAGCGGGUGCUUUAAAUCAAUGAACUGCAGCAUUUGCGGGUCCAGAGACCACCCCCUCACGCUUCUCUCCCCUGCCUGUCCUGGGGUCCUCCCUAGUCCAACCACAACCGUUGCUCCAUUGCCUCCCCCAUCCCUGGUUUUAUAAUUACCUGUUCCCGGGGUCCACGCUACUUCUUGCUUCGGGAACAGGUAAUUAUAAAACCGGGGAUGGGGGAGACAAUGGGGCAGCAGUGGUUUCUGACCGGGGGUGGGGAGAGGUGUGUGUGUGUGUGUCAUUAUCGGCAAGGUAAUUACCGAUACUGAUAAUGUCCAAAAUCGUGAAUAUCGGCGGAUUUAAUAUCGGCCAAACUGAUAAUCGAUCGAUCCCUACUCUUUACUAGUUCCAGGGCUUGCCGCUCCUUUUGAACACAAGUGAGUUUCUCAAUUAUUAGUUUCUCCAGGAAACUGUGCAUACUGUACAGGACCACCGAAGAAGCGCCUGCCUAUGUAUAAAGUCACAGCUUUUACGACCUAUUUCUACAUUUUAUAUGUAAGGACUUGUUUUAUCUAUAGUCCCUUUUUCUUGUCUUAUUUUGGGUUGAUAAUUUAAAGACAACUAGUAACCUAUUCCUAAGUCUCCAGAGUUAGACUAGAGAUACAAUGUUUGUCCCAGAACCAAGUAAUAUAAAUUGAGGGAUCACUGUAUUUUGCAUGAGUUCUAGUUCUUCUUGAUUUAAGAAUCAACCUAUUUAUACAGUGCCUCCGGUUUUCCCUUAUUUCAGUGCAUUGUCUUGAAUUGCAGCUACCAAGCAAAGUUUGUUGGUCACAUGUCUAACUAGAACAGGGAAACUGUUUCCAGGGCAAUUAACCACUUCUUGAAAGUGUGGAUUUCAGUUGGAGUUACACAGAAAUGUUCAUGCAGGUUGACAUCUUGAUAGAGGCAGAAUUAUGUCUUAAGAUUCUGGGUAAAGAACAUUUAUGUUCUUAUCAAUUAUAAAAGAACUAUAAUAUUUGCUGACCAAAAUACUAAUCAGGUUUUGUCUGGGACUGAUAAAUCAGACCAUAUGUGUGAACAUUAUGGACAGCUUUGAUACAUGAGGCCCACUGGGGGCAAUUUAGAAAAACUUGUGCGUAAGAACAGUGGAUCAGUUUCCCAUGGAAACCAGGUUCAAGCUCUGACAGGAUCGGAUGUCUUAUAAAAACUAAAGCUGAAAUCUGGUUGCUAUGGGCAGCUACUCCACUGUGCCUGCCUAUGUGUACUAUUUUUAUUCUAAGAAUAUCCUGUGAUGUUCGUUAAGAGAAAUCUUUGUGCAGCUGAAUGUUUAGAAGCUGGAUUAGCUUUUUUCUGUAUAUACAUACCUAUUGAGAGCUUCAUUAUGCUAAGCUGUGGGAGUCCUUCCUUCAUUUAAUGAAGAACUGUAAGGUGCAUGCUUUAAACUUAUUUUUUUUUUUUUCUCAAGUAGAAUUUUAUAAAAAUGAUUCAGUUAUUUUAAAAAGGCUUGAAUUGUGCACCUUACAUUACACCAUUAGUACCUGCAGUGUAUGUUAUCCGACAGGUGUUGGUAUGCCAUUUGUAUUUUGUUUGCAAAAUGUUACCCUGUUCACAUUUGCCACAAACUUGUGCUUUAUAUUUUCUGAAUAAUUUGUAUCUCAUUGUGAAAACUAUUUUAUUGUUGUGAUUUUUAUUUUAUUUCUGUGAAUAGGCGAAAUAAAGUGUACAUUAUGAGCUCAUGCUCAAUACCAAA